AUGGACACUCCGCCCUCUCCCCAACCACAGCCACUCCUGACUCUUUGCCAUCACCCAGAGCUGCUUUACCCUUCAAACCUUGAACCCCAUCUUCCACUCUCUGACUACAAUCUCCUGAGCUUCCCAACCUUCUCAGUGUUCCUUGGGACCUCCCGGCCCUUGCUGCUUCUCAAUCUGGCUGCGGUUGACUCCUCCAGCCUCACACCUCCCUCCAGCCCUCUUCUUGCUCCACCAGUUGCUUCUUUGCCUUUGCACAGGCUGGUCUCUCAGCCUAGAAUGCCCUCACUGCCUUCUCUGAAGGUCCCUUUCCCCAACCUUUUCUGUACCCAGACCCCUAGGCAUGGGCUUUCUUCCCUGAAUGGCUCAUCCCUUCCUGCCAUAAAUCUUGUCUCCAGUGGACAUCUCACAUUUCUUUAUCUUGCCCACUCUAUUUUCACUCAUACCUUUCUAGCCAUACUGGCCUCCUCCUGGCUCUUAGAACAUCCUGCUUCAGGACCUUUGCACUUGCUGUUCUGCUUCAUGUGUGCAAAGCUCACUUUCUCCUUACUACUGUGCUCAAAUGUCUCUUUCACAAAUAGGAUCUUCACUGACUACCCUGAUAAAAGAUAUUCUGCAGAUCAGGAGUUGGAGGUGGCUUGUCUCUACUGCACAAUAUCUCGGGCCUCGUCUGAGAAGAUUCAGUUGCUGAAGAUGACCCUACCCUCUAUAGGCUCCCUUCACUCACAUGUCUGGAGGCUGGAGAUGGCUUUCAGCUGGGACUUCCGCCGCACCAGAGGAAAUACCACUUCCGCCACGGUCUAG